AUGGCUGCCACGGCUGCCCAUGAGCUGACGAUCCAAGAAAAACAACGAGACCUUGCUGAACGUCUACUCUUCUGCAAGGAGCUCAAUAUCGUACCUGGCCCCAACGCGGGGCGCAUGCUCCAUGUCCACCAUCACCAUCCCCUCUACCCUCCUACCUCCGCCAUGGCGAUGAAAGACGCCUCCAGGAAGUUGAAAGGAUCCGAAACCGAUUACCGCGAUGUAGUCCAACCCGACACCAUCCGUAUCACCCUCAGUCUUGCGACCCACAAGUCGCUCCCUCGCGUCGACGUCGAAAAGGCGCUCAUCGCACACUACAACACGGCGAAACCCAAAUCCAUGUGCCUCUUCUCCAUCCCUAACGCCGACAUCAGCAAGCUCGGAUCCAAAUUCGAUCACCUCCUUUCCGAUAUCUGCGGCAUCUCGCCGCGUGUCAUCCCGGCCGACCCGUCGAAAGGCCGCAACCACGCCGUCCACACGUACGACAUCAACUUCCGUAACGCCGAGGCUUUCGCCCGCGCCUGCCAACGUCCGGCUUUCCAGUACAGGGGCUCGCCAACGACGAUCACCCUCCCUCAUUCCCCCGUCGACAGGGUAGUCGAGAUCAGGCUCCGUUGUCACUCCGACCGAGACGACCCGGACUUUUGGCUCAACGGCAUCCGCGUUGCCCUCCGCAAAAGCGCCGAGACCCACAACAAGACCUGGGGAACGAAGAUCGCGACCCCGGAGAUCCUACAUUUCCAGCGCAACCUCGAGGUAGUCCCAGACGAACCCUUCCAACUCCUCUUCAGUGGCGACUACUGGUGCUAUGUGCAACUUCCGGAAGAAGCGAUGAAGGAUGUCGAUUUCAACACCUUUUUGCCGGUCCACCUCACCAACAGGCAAGGAGCGGUAGUCGCUCUCAACAACGAUCUUCAGGUUGGCUUCUGCGGCUACUGUCGCCGUCCCGGACAUGUUCGUUCUGUCUGUCCGAUCCAGCAAGCCAAGACCCAACGGCAGGUGGUCGGACUCAACCGCGCGGUCGCUUCUCAACCUCGGACAGGGGCACCGGCGAUGGAUGGGCGACGGCCACCCAGAGCAGCAAGGCCCGGCCGACUACCACCCCUAGUCCGGCUACGGGGGCAAACGGGAUGACGCUCACCAACGCCUUUGCGGGAUUGGAAGAGGAGGACAUGGAAGAGGAAGGGGAUGAGGAAAAUGAGGAAAAUAGGGCCGAAGGAAGGGGCGGUCAGAAAGAGGAGAUGAGGAGCGGUCCGGCGGAAAAGGAGGAGGAUGGAAGUCAGGAAGAAGAGGAGACGGAGGAUGAACAAGCAAUGGAAGUAGAGCAGGGGUCGAGCUCGUUAUCAUCUAAACCGAACAGCAACGACUUUGGGCUGGCGGCGGCUCUAUCGACCCCGGUAUCAUCGCACUUGAGCUCGGCUGAUUCGAGCCCGAUCCCGUCUUCAACACCUCUCUCGUCGUUGGCACCUCCGACUUCACCACGCUCCAAGAGACCGGCACCGUACGAAAGGCCGACCACUCGCGCCCCGAAGGGAACAGCGCUCGCACCCUCUCCUCUAUCUUCUGGUUCAGUGUCCUUGAUGGACACAAAUUAAGAACUACCCAAAAUGAUUGUACCACCAACUCGACCUGACUUGGACCAGCUCCACCUUCUCACUUUCAAUGUAAACUCUAUUGCUGACUUGGGGCGCCAGGAGCGUUUCCUCGUCUACCUCUCUUCCCUCUCUCCACCCCCUUCCAUUGUAUUUGUACAGGAGCACGGAUUAAAGAGUCGAUCACAACGGGAGCGCUUCGAGCGAUGUUGGAAAGGGCGGGUCUUCUUCAGAGACCUUGUCGCCACCCUCAUCCCGGAGCGCUCCCGCCUGUACGUCCUUUCCCCUACUUUUCGAGACCUUCCUGACCCUCGAAUACUUACUAUCAACUACUUUUUGAAUUCACAGAAAUACCAGUUCGUGAACUACUAUGCCCCCGUGAACCCGAAGGAACGCAAGGCCCACUUCAGCACUUUUUCGCUCGACCGAGAACCCGAAACGACCGUUAGGAUCAUCGCUGGAGACUUGAACGACUGUCCGAACGUUAUGGUGGAUCGAAAAUCUGUUUCUACAGAGGGACGGUCUGGCUCUGCCCCCACCUACUGGCGUACUCUCAUCGGCCGGCUCCCUUUUGCUGUGAUCGACACGAUCCAAUACCUGCACCCUCACUCGAACCACUUCAGCAGGCCACAUCAACAGGCGGGCAAGAUCAAGUCCUGGUCGCGCAUCGACUACAUCCUCUUGUCGGAACAACAUGCUCAGCUGCUGGUCUCGGGGACCACGUACCUCGACGCGCUCCUCUCGGACCAUCGCCCCGUGUAUGUGGGGAUCGCCUGCCCAUCCGCCAAAAGCACGCCGGCCCUGCCCUCGCUCCCGGAAACGUCGUCCCAGUUGCUACGAGUCAACACACGAGUCUAUGCCGACGAAGCCUUUGCAGCUCGCAUACCUUUCAUCAUCGACGCAUCUCGCGAGUCCCACCCGCUCGAUCCGCUUGCGGCUUUUGAGGAAGCGAUGUCUCGACUAAGAUCUGCCUCGAGUGACCAUGCUCGCCACCUGAAUCGGCAAUUUUCGACGACAAAGGAAACGCUCGAGCGUCGUAUCCAUGAGCUCGAAGCACUCGGUACUUUCGACGACGGGAGACGAGCCGAAUGGCAAGAUCUGGUGGCCAUGACCAAGGUUUUGAUCCUAGACCGAGCCCGUCAAAUGAGGAUUCGUGCGCACAUCCCGGAACUCAGCUCGGAGGAGCAGCUCUCCCACACGGUCCAUGCACGACUCGCCGCUCGCCGUACGGCCAUCAAGAUCGACACCCUUCGUCUGGCGGAUGGCUCGCCCUCAACGGACCUUACCAAGUGCUUGGACCACGCGCGAGCAUACUUCCAAGACCACCACACGCCAGAUGAUCGCGAUCCCGCUCAAGUCGAAGCUGCUCGCUCUACCCUUCUUGAUCCCGUACGACGCGCUUUACCAAGAGGCAAGAAGCACUCCGAUUCAAGGUUCAUGAGGCCGAUGACUGCGCGACACGCCAAGCUGCUCGAGGAACCUUUCACUGCCGACGAGUUUGCAGCCGCAAUUGCCAAGACUGACAAGGGCCGAAGUCCAGGAGCGAGCGGGCUACCGUACGAGAUGUAUCAGUCCUCCCCAACCGUCUUUGCGGAGCUACUGGCCUCGACUUGCAAUGAGGCGUGGACGAAAGGUGCUCUGCCUGAAUCGAUGACCAAAGGAAUUGUCCGCCUCCUCAAAAAGUCAAAGCCCGACGCUGACUACUCGGACCUCAAGUACUACCGCCCGAUCACGCUUCGCGAGUGCUCGUACAAGUUGAUGACCAAGGUCCUCGUAGCAAGGCUGAACAAAGUGCUGCCAUCCGUUCUUCGCCUUUCACAACAUGGUUUCAUGCCUGGUCGAAAGGCCUCAGACGCGGGAAGUCACUUGUCCCUGCUCCUUGAACAAAUUCGCUCCCUUGACCUUGCUGACUCGGCUCUCCUAUCGCUUGAUCAGGAAAGCGCAUAUGACCUAGUUGAUCGUGACUGGAUCAUGAGCGUCUUUCGAGCGAUGGGAGCGCCAGAACGCUUCCUUGGCCUUCUCAACGUUAUCUACAGAUCGGUGUCACUUCGUUACAUCAUCAAUGGAUACCUCACGGAAGCUGUGCGCAUGCUGUGCGGGCUGGGGCAAGGAGAUCCCGUGAGUUGUCCCAUCUGGAACGUGUGCUUUCAGCCCUACCUCGAUGCCCUAGUGA